AGAGAAAAAUGGUGCACAAUUGUGGCAUCCCUGAGAAUUCCUAAACUGAUCCAUUAGAGAUCCGCCGAUGUAUUAACUCGGUGCGUAUCUGCUUUCAAAGAACGGUUUCUGUUCUAUAUACGAAUAAAACCGUGUAGGGUGUCGGAAAAAUUCGUAUUUUGUCAUCCUUGUCAUCCACGGACCGGGAGUACUGUCAAACAACACUUUAAAUAAAUUGCUGUCAUGGGAGACGGCAAGAAGGGCGAGCGACAGCCGUUGUUAGAAAACGAAAGUGUCACUUACAGUUUACAAGGCAGCGAUGCCACAGAUGAGACACAAACGGCUUUUAGCACAAUAUCUACAAUUGGACCUGAUGAGCUACCUCCUUCCUAUCAGUCGCUCCAACCAGGUUUGGUUACUUGUAUGGAUUGUCAGAUUAUGAUAGACACAUCUGAUAAAAAAGAUCAACGUGUUGUUAAAUGCUGUGUAUGCGACGAAACUAUGCCCAUACAAAAUGCACCGCCUGGAAAAAUAUAUAACACCUUGCCUUCGGAUGAGACACAAACGGCUUCUAGCACGGUAUCUACAAUUGGACCUGACGAGCUACCUCCUCCCUUUCAGACGUUCCAACCAGGAAGUUUGCCUAUGGUUACUUGUAGAGUUUGUCAGGCUAUGAUAGACAUAUCUGGUAAAAGAGAUCAACAUGUUGUUAAAUGUUGUCAAUGCAACGAAGCUACGCCCAUACGAAAUGCACCACCUGGAAAAAAAUAUGUCCGUUGCCCGUGUAAUUGUUUACUAAUAUGUAAGAGCUCUUCGCAACGUAUCGCUUGCCCAAGGCCAAAUUGUAAACGCAUUAUUAAUCUUGCUCCAAGUCCGAUUACACCACCUGUUCUUUCCAUGCCUGGAAUGUGUAGGGUAGGCUGCGCUCACUGUCACGACACAUUCUUGUUUAACACAUUGAAUAAUGCUUUGGCUCGAUGCCCACAUUGCCGAAAAAUAUCUUCCGUUGGUCCAGACUUUGCAAGAGGUAGAGGUAUUGCAUUCAUCGUUGUUGGAAUAAUAGCCUUAGUAAUCGCAAUAGGUGUGACUGUUGGCACGUAUACAUAUGUGAAAAGCAGCGGUGGAAUUUAUGUAGCAUAUGUAGGUGCAUUUCUAUUAGCACUUUUAUGCUUUGGGCGCAGCAUUUAUUAUUGUACAAUGAAAAUUAGUUUAAUAGAAGGUCCCAUGUAGUCCCCCAAAUGACAAUCAACAGCUGAUAUUUAAAACCAAUUCCUGUAACAUCUAUGUCGCAUUAAUAUAUUUAGAUCAAAUGUUUAUAGUAAUGACAAAAACGUGUAAGUCCUGGUAGGACAUAACUGGUAGAUGUAUGUAUUCUUACACAUGCAUAUGCGAGUAUGUAUUGAUAAUAACGCUCGUUCAACAUUCUCGCAUAUGUAUAUCCAGAUAUACAUGCCGGACAAAGAGACGUGUAUCCGGUAUGUGAAACAUUCUCGUGUAAGGUAAUCUGUCUAGAACUACUAGAUAAAGAUGGGGGUGUCCAUUUUAAACAAAGGAUUGUUCCUCUGCACUUUUAUAUAUAAAAGCACAGGACCAAUACAACAGCCCCAUAAUACUGUUUUCAUAUAUUAAAAUAUACUAUA